CAGUUGGUUUGAUCGCAGUAAUCUUGACGUGGUAACUGUUUGUAAAAUCGUUGCAUGUUUUCUAAUGCUGCGACAUCCACGUCAAGAUGACUCGCAGGAGGAAACUGGCGUGUCGAAACCUGUAAUUGUGGACUGGUUCAAUUUUUGUCGCGAGGUUUGUGUGUUCUGGGCUGAUAAGCAUAGCGAGAAGCUUGGUGGCCCAGGACGCAUUGUAGAAAUCGACGAGGCAAAACUUGGCCGACGUAAAUACAAUCGGGGUCGACUCGUCAAAGGCCAAUGGAUUUUCGGAGGAUACGAGCGAGACACAAAGAAGAUUUUCGUCGUUCCAGUGGAGGAUCGCACAACGGACACACUUUUAAAGUGUAUAAAAGAGUGGGUUUUACCAGGAACCACCAUCGUGUCAGAUUGUUGGAAGUCUUAUGAUUGUUUACAACAUGAAGGCUUCCAACAUCUGACAGUAAACCACUCGUAUAACUUUGUCGAUCCUCAAACGGGUAAGAAAAAUUUAAAAUAUAUCUACCGUUAAUUUUUGCUUAAGUAUAUUAUAUUAAUAUUUUUGUAUU